ACAAGGACGUUCACGGAGAACGGCUCCAUAAAAUCCUGCGUUGCACCCUUGGCAACGGUGGCCAGUAAACCUAACCAACCAUGAUGGCCACAAGCCGUACUUCAGCGGGCCGAGCUCCCGCUCGCCGAGCUCUCUCUCAACUGCACCGCCGAUCCGCCGGGCGUGCUCCCGCUAGGCAGCUUCCCUGCCCGCGUCCGCUCCGAGCCCGCCGAACGACGUAACCCCUGGAACAUGGACUUUGCCCUCUUUACGCCAUUGCGGCCGCUGGGUGUCAACUUCAACGCGCCCAAUGUGAAGGUCGGCAAGAAAAAUCAGAAGGCAUACCCAAAGGCCGCGGUUUUCAAAGCGGCCAAUUCCGCCGUUGUCCCAAGAUUCACCCUAGGAGGCGGCCGGGCUCGACGGGACGCGGACGAAAUCGCAAGCGCGGAAACCUUGCACUACAACAGCCCCGUCGGCGCCGGCGCUCUGGUCCCCCGCGCCUUCAUCGACAGGGUUUUCAAAACCGGCGGGGCGAACGUGUGGGUUCAUGAGAAGAAGAAGACGGCGCCGCCGCGGUGGUCGGCAGAUGCGACCGAGAUCCUCCACGAAGCCACGGAGGCGUUCACCAGAGCGCUCAUGUCAGAUGUAAAUGUGGCCGCGCACUCGCAAGCGAGGGAUACAAUUUCAUCGACGCGUCGGUAUCCCGGAGCUGCGUCACUAUGCGGACAAUGCCUGGAUCGAGGAUGAUUUCAAAACCCAAGAACCACCUGGGUUUGCCACGAUUGGCGUCUCCCAGCACGUCCAUCGCGUCCUCUUCGGCAACAUCUGCCGCAUCCAAGAAGGAACCGGCUCGCUUGGGGAUAGCCGAACGAGAGCAAUGCGUGUCUAGUGACGGUCAAACCGAGGAGGAUUUGCUGUUGCGGGUGCGGGCU